AUGAAAAAGCUGAAAGCCGAGAAGAGUCCCGGACCAGACGGAAUAUGCAAUGAGGCACUUAAAAUAGGAGCACCCAUUUUAACAUAUCAUUUUACGCGAUUGUUCAAUAAGAUACUAGAUGAAGAAAAGGUACCAAAACAGUGGUGUACAUCGGAUAUAAUCCUUCUCUUCAAGAAAGGAAAUCCCUUAGAUAUAGGGAAUUACAGGCCCAUAAGUCUGCUGGCAAGUAUUUAUAAACUAUUUUCAUCCAUAAUCUUAAAGAGAAUAUCUGACGAUAUUGAUAAGCAGCAACCAAAAGAACAGGCAGGAUUCAGAUCAAGCUUCAGCACAAUGGACCACAUACAGACAUUAGAGCAAGUCAUAGAAAAAUACAGAGAACACAAUAGACCUCUGUAUGUGGCGUUCAUUGACUAUAGCAAAGCUUUUGAUAGCAUUAGUCACUGUGCAAUCUGGAACGCUUUACAAUAUUCAAAUAUCAACCAGAAAUACAUCAAUGUUUUGAAAUAUAUCUAUACAAAAAGCACGAGCAGAGUUAAAUUAGAAACUAGAGGCGACGAAAUAAACAUAGAACGCGGAGUUAGACAAGGUGAUCCUCUUUCCCCGAAGCUGUUUAUAGCAGUCCUUGAAACUAUCUUCCAAAAACUAGACUGGAAGAACAGCGGAGUGUACAUAAACGGACAAUACUUAAACAAUCUGAGGUUCGCAGAUGAUAUUGCUGUUAUUGCUGAGACUGCAAAAGACUUAGACGAAAUGAUGAGAUCACUGGACUGCGAAAGUUCCAAAAUCGGCCUUGAAAUGAAUGUAAAUAAAACGAAGAUACUAACGAACAAUCGGGAGCGCCAGAUAGUGAUAAAAGGUAAUAAUAUAGAAUACGUCAGGCAAUACAUAUACUUGGGCAAACAAAUUUCCUUCAAAACUUCAAAUAACGAAGAAGAAGUGACAAGGAGAAUCAACACAACUUGGAAGAAAUUCUGGGCACUAAAAGAAAUCUUAAAAGGCAAUUACAGCUCACACAUGAAAAGGACAAUAUUUGAUACAUGCCUGUUACCUUGCUUGCUGUAUGGCUGCCAAACUUGGACCUUUACAAAUAAAAUAAAACAAAAAAUUAAAAGUAACCAAACAGCAAUGGAAAGGAGUAUGCUGAAAAUUAGGAAAAUACACAAAAUUAGGAGCGAAGAAAUUCGUCAAAAAACCAAAUUAACUGAUGCUCUCAGGCACGCACUCUUACUCAAAUGGAGAUGGGCUGGACACAUCUCACGAUACCGAGACAGAAGAUGGACCAUUGAAACCACACGAUGGAAAGGACCCAUGGGGAAGAGAAAUGUUGGUCGACAAUUAAGACGGUGGGCUGAUGAUAUAACACACGUCGCAGGAAACGACUGGAUACAAAUAGGCAGAGACAGGGAGUCAUGGAAAAGGAUGGAGGAGGCCUUUACCCAACAGGGAUCCAAACCUUGUACAUAA